AAAAAGUAUUACAAAGUGUAGUACUACAGCUCAUCCGUGCUGCCACAUUUUAGUAUUUAAAUUACACAAUGGCCACAGAGCCGAAACGAGCGAAGAUUGUUGAAGAGCGACAAGAGAGUCUGAAUAUAUUUCUCCAGUGGUGUGGACAAAUAGGUCUGGAGCUAAGUGAGAAGGUUUGUGUAAGUCUUGAAGGCACUGUGGCAGAGUAUGGGAUGUUGGCCAAAGAAGAUAUUGAUGAGGGAGAGGUGCUGUUUACUGUACCCAGAAAAGCUAUUCUUCAUCAGGAGUCAUCAAAGGUCUCUGGUGUGCUAGACAAAGAAAAGAGUACAUUGGACAGUUCCUCAGGCUGGGUCCGUCUGCUCCUGGCUUUGCUGCACGAGUAUACAUCACCACAGUCACUCUGGAGGCCAUACCUUUCUCUGUGGAAUGACUUUGGAAAACUGGACCAUCCCAUGUUUUGGUCUAAAGAAGAGAGGGAUACACUCUUAAAGGGAACAGGAAUUCCUGAAGCUGUGAACACAGACUUAGAGAAAAUUCAUAAAGAAUAUUCAGAUAUUGUUCUCCCAUUGAUCACCAAAUAUUCUGAAUACUGGAGCCCUGACAUACACACUCUGGAUCUUUACACAAAACUAGUAGCAUUUGUCAUGGCAUACAGUUUCCAAGAACCCGAUGAAGAUGAUGAUGAUGAUGAUAAUGAAGAAGAAGAUAAAGCACCAAAUCCCCCAAUGAUGGUUCCCAUGGCCGAUAUGCUAAACCACAUAGCAAAUCACAAUGCUAAUCUGGAAUUCACCACAGAGAGUUUAAAGAUGGUAAGUAUACGGCCAAUUUGUAAAGGUGAAGAGGUUUUUAACACAUAUGGCCAGAUGGCAAACUGGCAGCUACUGCACAUGUAUGGAUUCACAGAGCCUUUUCCAAGCAACAGCAAUGACACAGUGGACAUCACUGUGAGGAGCUUCUACACAGCUGCAAAAGAUAUUAAAACUGAUUUUGAGUUGUCUCAUUUGGAUGACAAGUGGAGAUUGCUGAAUCAAAUGGAAGGGAAUAAUGCAAUCAUUUUUGGAAACCAGGGAUGUCUCACAGACACCGCUCUUAAUACUGUUUUGAAGGUGUUUUGUAUGUCACAGGAGGAGUUCUUGGAUUUCAAAGAAAAUGAAGGAUGGGAAGAAGAUGAUGACGACGAUGAUGAUACUGCCUUGGUUUUCUCUAAUGAGGGAUUACCCAAGUUAAAGAUCAUAUGGAAAAAGCUUAUUCAUGAUGCGGCCAGACUGACAUUAAGCUGUUACACAGACAGCAAUGAGGUGGUGGAGAGAAAAGAUGACCCUGAUAGGAUGUUGAUUGAGGACAAAGAAGCCCUUGCCAAGUUGAGUAGCAGGCAGCAGAGGGCUUUACAUGUGCGAUAUGGACAGAAGAGCAUUCUGUAUAAACUCUUAGAACUUACAAAUUAAGAUAAUUUAUCAAAAAUCUUAAUGAACCUACUUGUUCUAUAGUUAGUUUUGUGCUAGCCACUGAAACAACAAUAAAAUGUCUUUCUUAAAAAAUGCAGUACAGUUUUCUUUAGACAUUAUAUGCUGCAAUUUUAUACAAAUUUUUCAUUCACAUUUUUGAAUGGAACCAUUUCUGACUUUUAAGAAAUCAAAAAACAAAAUAUCAAGGGGUAGAAUAAUGUAAACACCUGGGUACCGUAACAACUGCUUUUGUUUUGACUGACUAUAAAAACUAAUUUUGGACCUUCCAAAACAACCAGCCCAGAGGUUUCCCCAUCCUUGUCUGGAGAAUACCCAUAGAUUGUACCCAGAAGCAUAGCAGAUGGCAUUUGAGCAAAACAGUCACAC